UUCGGUCGCCGUCGUGACUUUCAUCCCAAUUCCAAUCUCCCUUGGCGCGCAGCUUCUUCCACGGCCUCAAUUCCUUCACGCAUCGCCACCGCCUGCGCCCCAACAUCGAGCAUCUCAUGCUGUGCUGAUCUGGUCCACGUUCACUUCCCCGCCCUUCUCCCACGAUGCCUGCGCGCACUCGGCAAGCUCCCUCCGCCGCGACGGAGACCGUGGAGCCGGAGGAGGAGCAAGGCGGUUUUCAGAAAUUAAGAUUCAAUGAACCGCUUUCAUGGCGCGUCGGAAAACCCGCCAUUCCUGUUGCAGAUCUGCUCCAGCGUCUGCAGAAGCUAGGCCAGGAGCUCCGCAAGCUUGAGCAGGAGGAGACGGACAAAGACUCUUUGCGGAAGGUUUCGCAGGAACUUGCUAGCGCCCAGUUAUUGGCGCAUAGAGAUAAAGGUGUCAGGGCGUGGACGGCGUGCUGUAUUGUGGAUGUUUUGCGCCUCUGCGCUCCCGACGCGCCUUUUACGGGAAAUCAACUAAAGGAUAUAUUUACUUGCAUCAUCACAACUAUUAUACCCGCACUGGCCGAUCCGUCCAAUGCAUACAAUUCGCAACAUAUCUACGUGCUCAACUCGCUCGCGGAAGUCAAGAGUAUUGUACUCUUGACGGAUAUCGACUCUGCAGAUGCUCUGAUGCUACCGCUUUUCACAUCGUGUUUUGACAUCGUCUCGGGAUCAUCGAAGGCUUCAACCGGUGAAGAGGUGGCCAAAAAUGUGGAAUACGAUAUGACCCGCCUGUUAGUGACGGUAAUCGACGAGGCACCAACUCUGGCGCCAGAGGUGGUCGACAUUAUCGUUGCGCAAUUUCUACGAGUCGAUCCGCGUGUCAUCGAACCCCCUACAAAGAAGGGAAAGAAAGCAGAGGCCAUUGAUAGCAACCAAGACACUCUCCUGCUGAAGGACUACCCUCCUGCAUAUAAUAUGGCGAAGGCGAUCUGUCAGGCGUGUCCAGAGAAGAUGACCAGUCAUAUCAGCCAGUAUUUUAACAACGUCAUCAUCGAUGCCUCAGCCGCUUCGAAGAUGGACGGCCCUUCGAGACACAACCGAAAGGUGAACCUGGAUGAUUCUGACGAUGAGAGGGAGGAUGUCAAGGAACUGAGCAAGGCACAUCGCUUGAUCCGCGAACUAUGGCGAGCCUGUCCAGAUGUGCUGCAGAAUGUCAUCCCCCAAUUGGAGGCGGAGUUAUCGGCGGAGUCAGUCUCUCUGCGUUUGUUGGCAACACAAACAAUCGGUGAUCUCGUAGCAGGAAUCGGCGUUGCCGGUCCACCACCACCUCCGCCGAUGAACCCUGCGGCAUAUCCCCCGGUCACAUUAAUAGGCUAUUCUGAGUCCGUACCUCAGCCGAAUGUCCUGCUCAGUCCCCUGGCGCCGAAGCCGUUCUCCCAGGCUCAUUCCACAGCAUACGAGAGUUUCUUGAGUCGUCGCCAGGACAAGUCUGCUUCUAUUCGGGCUGCCUGGGCUACAGCAGUAGGGCGCAUCGUUCUAACUGCUGCUGGUGGUUCCGGCCUAAGUGAAAGCGAGGAACAAAGCCUGGUGACUGGCCUUACAAACACGCUUCGUGAUGCCGACGAAAAAGUUCGUUUAGCAGCUGUGGAUGUCCUGGGCUUAUUUGGCUUUUCCGAUAUUAUAAAGAAACUGGCCGUGACUGGUGGCCUCUCUACUCCGGACUCUACGCUCUCUGUGCUCGCGGAACGUGUCAAGGACCGGAAACCGCAGGUACGGGAGCUGGCCAUGAAGAUCCUGGCCCGGAUAUGGGCGGUUGCGGCUGGAGAAAUACAGAAAAACAAUGAGUUGGUGGUUCCUCUUCUCAAGGAUGCGCCUUCCAAGAUAUUCGAUGCCUACUAUACGAAUGACCCGGAUAUUCAUGCGCUGAUUGACCGCGUUCUGUUUGAAGUUCUCCUUCCCUUGGGCUACCCGCCCAUCAAGUCAAAGCCUUCCAAGGGAGGACUUUCAACUCCCUCGAAGAGGCUGAGGGGCUCUCAGAAUAUCGAUCCCGAGGCUGAAGAAGACGCAGACAAGAUCCGUGUAUUGCGUAUUCUGACCCUCCUGCGAUGCUUGGAUGACAAAGCAAAGAAAGUAUUCUUUGCCUUCCAAGCAAGACAACUAACCAUGAGGAGUGCGAUGACAAUAUACUUACAGGCGUGUGAAGAGUACAACGGUGGUGUCAUCGAUAAGGAUGAGGAGCGCGUCAAGGCGCAGCUUACGAGAGUAGUUGAUGGUGUAGCGAAGACUCUCCCUGACUCUAACCGAGUAUCUGCAGAUCUAUGGAAAUUCGCCAAGAUGCACGACAGACGGAGCUACCAGCUCAUGCGGUUUGCGAUGGCUGCUGUUAGCGACUACCGGACUGUGACGAAAGCUUUGAAGGAGCUCGCCAAGAGGAUACAGAGCGGUAACAGCCCCUCCGUAUUGGAUACUAUCACGCCGCUCUUGUAUAGGUGUAGCUCUCUUGUCUUCAAUCGGAGUCAUAUUCCCGCGAUAAUCCAGCUCUCGCGGUCCGAGGACAAGGAGCUGGCGAACACUGCACACGAGAUGUUGAAGCAGAUUUCCUCUCGCAAUCCAGAAGUUCUCGAAGCUCAGGUCCAAGAGAUGUGCAGGGACCUGGAAGCACAGGCGCCAACGUCUAACUCAGCCGAUGAUGCUGGCACUGAGGAGAUUCUCAAGGCCUGCUCUGGAUUUGCUAAGAAGCUCCCGUCGAAACUCCCCAAGGAGCGCAAAUUCUUACAGGCCUUGGUGAACUACGCCUUGUACAGCUCGUCGCCCCAUUCCGCUAAACAUGCCGUAUCUAUUAUCAUGGCGGCUGCAGACAAGAAGGAAAUGUAUGCAAAGGAUCUGGUGCAGAAAUGUCUCAAAAACUGGGGAUAUGGAGGUGAUCAUUUCCUCACACGACUUGCCGCUAUUUCCCAAUUGAACUUGCUCGCCCCGAGGGAAGCAGAUGAGGAAAGCGACCUCAUUGUCUCUAUCGCCGUCAACCAGAUUCUACUGACAAACCGUUCCCCGCAACCCGAUUCCGGAUAUAAGUGGUCUGAUGACGAAGACGAAGAAACUAUCGCGAAGCAAUGGGCUCUCAAGACGAUCGUCAAUCGACUUCGUGCGAAAGAGGGCUCGGAUAAUGAUGACGAUUUCCGCGCUCAUGCGGAGCCCGUUUAUAGCACUUUGAACAAGCUGGUCACUGGCGAAGGGGAGCUCUCAAAGAAGAAAGACACGCCCGCGAGCCAAAAGCCCCGGCUACGUCUUCUAGCAGCUAAGCUACUUAUCAAGCUCUGCGCGUCCCGGGGUCUCUGUGACCAGCUCCUGACUCCCAAGGACUUCAACUCUCUAGCCUUGGUUACCCAGGACCCUCUGCUAGCCGUGAGAGCUGAAUUUAUCAGCUAUCUGAAAAAGAAGCUGGUGCAGAAGACUCAUCUCAGCGCUCGCUGGUAUACCAUACCUUGUCUCCUCGCGUUCGAGCCGUAUGCCGAUUUGAAAGAUAGCACUCUAACAUGGCUACGAUCUCGCGCGAAUUUCUUCUCAAGGCAAAGCGUGGUGAAUGGGAAGAGAUCCGAAGAGCAGACUGUGAUGGAGUCCAUCUUCUCGCGCCUUCUGUCUCUUCUCGCAUAUCACCCUGAUUAUCCUCCUCCAGAUACCGACGAGUCUACCCGAGUCGCGGAUCUGGCGGACUUCUCACGCUAUAUCCUCUUCUAUCUCUCCGCCAUCGCGAACGAAAACAAUUUGUCCCUGAUAUUCCACAUCGCGCAGCGUGUCAAGCAGACUAAAGAUGGUAUUGCGAAGACCGAAGAGAUGACCACGCGUCUUCAUACAUUGUCGGAUCUCGCACAAGCAACCAUUCGUCGGUUCGCUGAUAUAUACUCUUAUCAGCAUAAAUUUGCUGGAGCGACCGGCGGCAGCACGAAUCUCCUUCAGACGUAUCCAGGCAAGAUGAGACUGCCAAGCGCACUCUUUGCUUCCAUGUUAAGCCACCAGGAGGCGCAGGAUGCGGCAGAAAAGAACUACCUCCCCGAGGAUAUCGAAGACGUCCUAGACCGCAUUGUCCGUUCAUGGAUGAAGCCAAGAAACACGUCCACAGCGCAGCAGAAUCAGGCGAAGAAGAGAAAGAGCGAUUUCAAUGGAAACGCCGAAACCAGCGCCACAAAGAAAGCCAAGAAAACCAAGGGAAGAUCUCUUCCCAUCCGAAGGUCUUCUGCAGCAGGUAACCCGAAGCUGCCCAGGAAGAAGGCCGACGAAGAUAGCUGGGUGUCUGAUGAUGCCGCAGAAGUCACCUCCAGCGCUCGACGGCGGAGCAGCAGAGGCGCUGGCAGAAAGAAUGUCAGUUAUGUCGAUCGAGACAGCGAUGAAGAUGACCUUGAGAUGGACAAAGAAGGUGACGAGGAGCAGGACGGAGAAGAGGAAGAAGAAGAACAAAAUUCCGAAGAAAGCGCCGCUGAGGAAGAAGAUGAGCCAAAAGAACAGGAAAAAGAAGACGAGGAGCAACAGUCUGACGAUGAAAAGAAUGGCGAUGACGAAGAUGAGGAGAUGGAAAAUGCUGAAGAACCUCCAGCCCCUCCAGCAAAGAAGAAUACUCGAUCAAAGAGAACGUCUACUACUCCUGCCAAAGCAAAAGUAUCGAAGGCGUCUGAAAACGAAAAGGACGGUAAUGGCGAAGAGCAGGAAGACGAUGCCGAGAUGGAGGAUGCCGAAACUUCACCUCCAGCAGUGAAAAGCACCCGAUCAAAGAGAAAGUCAACCACCCCCGCCAAAACAAAAGCUACAAAUGUAACCGUCUCUGUCUCUGUCCCCAAACGCAAGUCCGAGGUGACAGAUACUUCGAGCAAGAAGACCCGAGAACUACCCACGAGGCGAUCAACCAGACGGGGUUAGAAGAAAGAAAGAAAGAACCAGUGGAAAAAAAUGAAAAUGGCAUAAAUAUAUCUAUUCCUUCUCACUCGUCCUCUUUCUUCAAAAAACCGACAUAACCACAAAUUGAUUGAUUCUCGCGCUUUUUCUUUCUUCUUCUUCUUCUUCUAUAUUCCAUCAUCAUCAUCAUCACCGUCCUGCAUUUCACGAGAGAAUUUGCAAAAUACCCAUUUCCAGUUUCAAUGUGAAUACCUUUUUCCUUCAUCACCAACAGUCUAACUUGCGUAGUUAGUUCUCUUCUCUUCUCUUCUUAUCUUGUCUUGUCUUGCCCUGCUUUGCUUUGACUUUGACUUUGACUUUAACCCACCGAUCUGAAAUAUGCAUGACGUUUAGGAUACAAAUGCCCUGUUUCCUUUUUUUUUUUCCCAUUCUUUUUUUUCUCUUUUCGUGCCCUGUUCAUUCAUCAUGUCAUUUAUGU